CGUGAUUUGCUCGAUAUGUUUUUUGUCUUGAAAUGGUGAUGAAGAGAUUUGAACCCACUUUCCAACAUAGGUCACAUCUCUCCUGACAAUUCAGCCAACACCAGCAGUGUCAUUUGCGCUGGCAACCCAGUGAUGAUAUGGCAAGUCUCCGAAGUGAAGAAAUUUCAUCCAGAUCAAUCAAUGCAAAGUGGAAGAUGCAUAAAUAUUUAAGGCGAUCAAGUGCGAUAUUCUGUCAAAUUAGUUGCUAACUAACAGACAUGAAAUGUGUGGAAGGCCAAGUUAAACUUGCUAAUGUUGUCUUGAAUUUUGAUUGCAACAACGGAUGCAUUUGCUAUUGAGUACAAAAGAGCGAUGUGAGAUUGGGUGUAUUGGGAAGCUUCUGUCGAAGCUAGGGUCGAGAUUUUAACAGUUGUAUCCAUUUCUUUACAUUGUAAAGUUUCUAUUCGGCUCUUCCAAUGAAAUUUUGUAAUUGUUCUUUUAUCGUUCUUUCAUCAUCACUUUUUGUAUCAAAAUAGUUGAGAAUGUGAAAAUUGCACCAAAUUGGAAUUAAUGUAUGUACCUCACCCCAAAAAGUUAUCUUCAAUGAAUAAAGAUUGUGAUGUUCC